UCAGAAAUCCCUAGUUCUAAAACCCUCUUCGCAUUUUGCUCUAUCUCCACUCUCUCCACUCUGACGAUCAACGCCGACGCCACCUCCACGCCGUCGUAGAUCGUGUUCAUCCGCCGCAGGUAGACGUCCACCUCCACACUCACCGCCCACUCCACGCCGCAGAUGAAAACACUGGAAGAUUUUCAACCAAUCAUUUAAGUAGAUUGGUGCCUUGAACUCGUUAGUUGACAACUUGGCAAUACACUGGUAUUCCAGCGGCGGGUGCAUUCCACAAGUUUAUUUAGACUUGUGAAGUGUUUUAUCUUGAAGAGAGAUGUCAAAUGGUCUUAUAUGGGCAACAGCUGAGGAUAUGGCGAGGAAUAGAGGACGAGUUCUUUCUCUUUAUCGCCAGAUAUUGCGGAGCCUCAACUCCCCGAGUUUGCCAAUCAAUUUAGCAGCAAGACUGGCUAAGAAGGCACAGGUUCGUGCUAUUUUCUUGUUGGGUUCUGAGGAGAGAUCCCUGCACAACAUUGAUGACCUUAUUGACACUGCUGAGUACUCUCUUUCCCUUCUACGAAAAGGUGAAAUUCCCAAAUACAUACAAUGAAUAAUCUUUCUUUGUGACUUGUUGCUGAGUGCUCCCUGAGGAGCAGGAGCUUCUGGUUUGUUUCGUUGGAGUCAGAUCAUACCUCGAGAAGUGAUGGUUGAGCAAAACUUGCUUCGUAAGGUGUGAAGACAAUAUAAGGGAGCUGGUACUUUAACUAGAAACUAGUAAGGCAAGCGAAGACAUAGAUGCAAGUAAAGAACAAAUUUAAAAAAAAA